ACCGCGUGGAUAGCAGCCGAAGCUACAGAGAAAAUAGUCGUUUGGGUUAUUGUAAAACACAAAGACAGCUUUUUGCUGUUUGCAGCGCCAAACAGCUGCUGCAAACACUGUUUUUUUUUUUUCUUUUUUUUUUCUACUUGCAGCUCCGACCCGGCUAGCGGAAAAACAAAGCGCCACAGCUCGUGCUUUGUCUGCCCCGGUGGCAAAGAGCUGCAGCCUCACAUUUUUGCGGGUAAAACCACUGCUCACUUCUUCGCGCUGUCGAAUUUGCUCGGUGUGGGUUCAGUAAACUGCACCACAGGAAGACUAAAUGGCUGAAAGUGUGCGGAAACAAAGGUGAUAAAGAAGACUAUUCGUCGAAGCCGGGUCGGUCCAGACAGCGGUUGAAUCGUGGUGCUUGUUGUUAGCCACAUUGCAGCCUGUAGCCGCCGAGGUCUCCAUUGUGUGAGCAUCUCCGCUCGACUCCCCGAAUCCCGCGCUGCCGCCGGACACUUGCCGCACCCCCACGCCCACAACGGUUGUGCUUUCAGACGGAAUUGUUUUUAAUCAACGCAUCCCAAAAUGUGUUCUCGAGUUUGGUUCUUGACCGACCGGCGCAUCAGCCAGGAGUAUCCACAAGUCCAGAUUCUGCGGGCACUGAAGGAGCACUGCGCCGACGAGGAUGUGGAAUUCCGCUAUCUCCUCAUGGAUCAAAUCGUGCUAACUAUCAGCGAGGGACAGCUAGGUCUACGAGCAGAGCAGGAGAUGGUGACCUCUUAUCCACAGGUGGUGAUGGUGCGGGUGCCCACGCCCUGGGUUCAGUCAGAUAGCGACAUCACUGUGCUUCGCCACCUGGAGAAGAUGGGCUGUCGGCUGAUCAACAGGCCCCAGGCCAUACUCAACUGUGUCAACAAGUUUUGGACAUUUCAGGAACUAGCUGGCCAUGGGGUGCCUCUUCCUGACACCUUCUCUUACGGUGGGCACGACAACUUCCGGAAGAUGAUUGAUGAGGCCGAGCCACUGGGCUACCCGGUGGUAGUGAAGAAUGCACGUGGCCACAGAGGCAAAGCCGUGUUCCUGGCACGGGACAAACACCACCUGACAGACCUGUGCCACGUGAUCCGCCACGAUACCCCCUACCUGUUUCAGGAGUAUGUCAAGGAGUCGCAUGGCCGCGAUGUACGGGUAGUCCUAGUGGGCGGCCGUAUUAUUGGCUCCAUGCUGCGUUGCUCCACUGAUGGUCGCAUGCAGAGCAACUGCUCCCUGGGUGGUGUAGGCAUGAUGUGCCCACUGAGUGAGGAGGGCAAGCAGCUGGCCAUCAAGGUUUCUAACAUCCUGGGCAUGGAUGUGUGUGGCAUUGACCUCCUGCAGCUCAAUGAUGGCUCAUUUGUGGUUUGCGAGGCCAAUGCAAAUGUUGGAUUUAUCGCCUUUGACCAGGCCUGUGGCAUGGACGUAGCAGGCAUUGUUGCUGACUACGUCUUAUCAAUGCUCCCCAACCGCCUCACUCGCAAGAUGUCUCUGCUGUCCGUCGUGUCAAGCACCAGCGAGACCAGCAGCGAGCCUGAGGUGUGCCCCGUGCCUUCAGGCAGUGGCUCGCUGCCUGAAGCUGUCUGUAACAUGAGCGUGGGGUCUACUUCCAGUGAGAGCGACCCAGAGCUGGCUGAGCCCUCCCAGUCGUCGCCCUGCCAGUCCACAGCCCCCAGCCUACCCAACCUCCCAGACCUUCCUGAUCCAGCCUACAAUUUCAACACCCUCCUUGCCAAUGAGAUCAAGUUAUUGACUGAGUGAGCCCAAGCAGUUUCAUGCACGCACACAAACACCACAAAUGCAUUUUAAAAAACAUACAUACAUGCGGAUGACAUCAACAUUCCUUUUAAAAAUGCAUAUCAGUCCACAAACUAUGAAAACAUAAGAGCAGAGAAAAAGAAAACACUUAGCCCUUUUCAGACAUGCAGUGUGUGACACCGCUGGCUUCAUCAGUCUGCUAAAGUGACGGCACUCUGUCAUUCAUACAUUAUAUAACCAUUCAGAUAUGCCUGCAACAGUGACAGAAAGAGCCACAAUGUGUUGCCAUACAAAAGUACAAAAGACUUGCCAUUCUCUUCUGAUCAUUUAGUUCUCUUUGCUGCUGUAGCUGAGAGCAGUGUGUGGUGCACAGUGCUGCUGCUCCAAGUGUGAUGGCUCUCUUCUCGUCUGGGUUGAAAAUUGCCAAAAUGAAUCACAGAGGAAUGAUUUAGUCUUAAUAGAAAUUAGAUUUUUUUUUUUUUUUUUUUUUUGCCCAAUGGAGAAUUUGUUAAAAAGUUUGGCAAAUCAUAAAGAUGUAUAAAUGCUGUAAGCGCUGAUCUUGUCAGAUUACAGUUGAGGCUUUUAUGGCAAAAUGACAUGAAAAUGACACUCAGUUGCUGCCAGUGGAAAGAAGUGCAUAUCUGAAAGGGGCUAUACUGACACAUCCAUGGACACAUACACUAAAACAUCUCCUGCUUUAAAAAACAAAAACCAAUACAGAUCUGAGGCUGCUCCCCUGACUCUCCUCUCCUUGCACCUGUAUUCCCCAAACCCCACGAUCUAAACUUACACUGCAGCAUGGAAAGGUUAGAGUGGGAUGUGGUAAGUCAGUGCCAAACUGGCCUCUGUUAAUUGCUACUUGGUGUUUGUGUAUGGGUGAAGGUUUUCCAGAAAUGGAUCCACCUGCCAUGUUUUUAUCAUCAUAUUAUAACAUUAUUUUACAUAUAAUCUGCUGUCAUAUGAAAGGUUUUCUGCUGACUCGGCAGUCAGGUUUGGUGGAUUGGAGGUGACAUGAAGUGUUUUCAAGUAGUAGGGGUGGAGGACUACAUCCUCGUGCUAGGCGCAUUGGGAUCGCAACCAUCCUGCACUAACAGGAGAUGUAGAAAUUCCACGCCAACAAGCAGCAGAUGUGUUUGAGAGGCAUAACUGGAACAUAAAAAUGAAAGCAUUACUCGAUUUUUUUAAAAAUUUUACAUUCCUAGCUAAUACGUUUGUUUAGUCUUACCAGCAGUAGCGGUCUGCUGCUUUUUAAAAUAAAUUAAAUGCCUAGCACUUUAUAAUAAACAGAUGCAUUUUUUUUUUUCUCACUGAGAUGACAUAUUUAGGAAAGAUUAGACAGAGUGUGAAAGCUGUGUCUACACCUGCAAACAAAAUAUACCUCAAAAUAGUGACUUCUAACUGCCAUAGGAUGACGUAGAUAUUCAAACAUACAAUACAUAUCAGCCAAGAUCCUCGUGGUUUUUAAUGGCCCCGACUUCCUUAUGUGUUAGUGUUUUUUUUUUUUAUUUUUUUAUUUUAUGGAAAUAUUUAGGUAGUGAAUUAGCUUCACCGUAUACUUAUAACCAGCAGAUUAGACUGGAAUAACUGAAACAACUUCCAAUGUUGUUAUUUUUAAUAAGCACUCCUAAUAUUUAAGGUCUGUACAAAAGGCUGAGUGAAAUUUGGUGCUAAACUUUCUGGAAUUGGUUAGAUGUGACUUCUCAGCCAUAUUAUAUGUAGACUUUGCUUUUUUUUCCCCCUCAUGUGUUGAUAAUGAAUUAACCAUCAUAACCCACAAAAUAUGUUGGCAUAAUGUACAAAAAAAAUUAUAUUUUUGAAGUUUUCGUAAAUAGAAUUUAGCUUUUUUUUCCUUUGCUGAGAGAAGAAAAGACAGAAAAUCCAGGGAUAAUAGCAGCUUAGACCUUAUUAUUUUUUUUUUAUUAUUCUUUUGGUUUUUACCUCCUGUACACCUGAAAUGGAUAACAUAGCUGUAGGGUAUGCUGCGUAACUGCCAUUCACUAAGAUUAAUUUACAGGUCUGGUCAAAAGCACAAAUACGAACCCUAAAUUGUUUCACAUGGUGACAGUCGUGUUGUUAGGCUUGUAACGCUUUCUGUCGAACACAAUUCAGGGAAGCAGCCUGGAUCUCAGCCCUGACCCCCAAAAGGCAUGAUACAUCCAUCCAAGCUAGAGACAUGUCUAAAGCAUAACACAUAGUUAGAAGCAGACAAAAUAUACAUAAACAACAAUGAAAAAAAGGUUGUAAACUACAGUGUAAGACUUUAUGGUGUAUGCCAUAGUUAACAUGCACUUUUUUUCCUUGCUUGUUUUAUAUUGUUCCUUGUUUACUUCCUAAUUUAUGGUAUUUUUAAAGAAAAAAGUGGUUUGUGUGCACUAAUAUUGUGUCAAUAAAGUGAAACCGCUGUGAAGCUUGAUUUUAUUUUCCUUGUGUUUGUGGGCCCAAUUUACUAACUGUCUGGAAUCUAACGGGGCCCUGCCGGAGGGUGCCAAAUCUAAAUCUGCCAGACGACCAGAAAAGGAAGCUUUUAAGUCUGCUGUCAAAUGAUCACAGUGUCUCCGCUGAGAAAAUAACACCAUUUACACUACUGUGAUGUUUGUCUAGUAUCCAUAUGAUCAAAGUAUCUGACAAACUGUGAAAUCCGCUGAUGUCCACCCUCCUGACGUGCAUGGGCUGGUGGGCGUGAGCAUCAAAUCACAUCCCAACAUAAACGCUUGUAUGGUGAGCUAUCUCCAGUUGUUGUCCCCCCCAUUCUUUGAAGUAUUUGUCUUUGUAUUGAAACCUGCGUCAUUCCACAUCGUGUUCAUAAGUGUAAAUAAAAGAUCACAUAUCUUUAAAAGACAUUGUUAGCCAGCCACAGGAAAGAGUGGAAUGUUGAUUUCUCUCUCAGAACCCCUGCUCGAAUUUGUAUUCUAUACACAAUCUAUCUAUUGACCUUUAGAAUGCCUGUUCUUGAUCUGGUUUUCUUUGGGAACACUGGUUUAAGGAUCACUUGAGGUCAAGGUUCCAGUUCUGACUGAUUUCUUUACGCUUGGUCUGUAUAGACGAGUGUUAUAAAGUAAAUAAAAGGCAGGAAGCUACUGAAAGGAACGGGGGUACCACAUGAUAGUGACACAGGAAAGGAAAUUGAUUGGCCUACGUGAAGUUUGUCUAGUUUGGAACAAAUGUGUAGGGACCUCUGGAUCAGUCACUGUGUAUAACAACAGAGCACAAGCUUACUAUUUAAUUCCAAACUGCUGCUAAUGUAUAUUUGGUUCAGAAAUUAAAAAAGGGAAUAUGAGAAAAUCUGAGCGUUUCCAUGUUUUUUUGCCGCUAACUACAUAAAAAUGAAUCUGAAUGCCAAAAAAACCCCAGAAAUGUUUUAUUGUAUAAAUUCAGUACAAAUAACACUAGUAAUGAGAUGAUUUUAAAACUGAUUGUUUUGAUAUGAACCAUUGUUGCAGAAUUGUACAUAUUGUGUAAGAGCUGAGCAAUUAAAUGUCUGUUCUAACAUGAA